AUGCCGGACAUUCGAAGAUGGACAGUCACGGAACCCUACCUCAAUAUCCACUGUGGGCUGGGAGAAGCACCAUACUACGAGGCCGAGCGCAACACCCUUCGCUUCGUGGAUAUCAAAAACAAACGUCUUCAUUCCGUGGAUCUUAAUGUUGGCCCCGAGUCGCUAAAAACUCUGGAGUUGGAUAUGUCCGUGGGGGUGACGGCUGAUAUUGAGGGUGUAGAUUCCAGCAAGAAGAUUCUAGUGGGGGCAAAGAAUGGGGUGUAUAUCCUUGAUAGAGAAACGGGCGGGUUUGGGUUGCUGAAGAAGUAUUAUGAUGAUGAGGAGAAGGAUGAGAGAUUGAGAAGUAAUGAUGGAGCUGUCGAUACAGACGGGAGAUUCUGGGUUACUACCAUGAACGAUUUCUGGGUCGGUGAACCCCAAGCAGAAGGAACGCUAUUCAGGAUUGGCAAUGAUCUCACACGUACUACCAUGCGCACCUCUUUGACGAUUCCAAACGGUGUCGGUUGGUCUCGGGAUAAGAAAACUCAGUAUUUUACUCACUCAACCGAGAAGCGUAUCAUUGCUUUUGAUUACGAUGCUGCGACUGGUGACUUGUCCAAUGAGCGCACGUUCUGGGAGCAUGAUGGCGAUGGAGAUCCUGAUGGAUUUAAGAUGGAUGAAGAAGGAAACAUCUGGCAGGCCAUCUAUGGCGAGAGCCGAGUGUUGAAGAUCUCACCAGGGGGCAAUAUUAUUGGUGAGAUCAAGUAUCCUACCAGAUGUAUCACAUGUCCUUGCUUCGUUGGCACUGAGCUGUGGGUUACAAGCGCUGAUGAGGAGGACGAAACCAAUGUUGAGAGCAAGAAGUAUGGAGGCGGCGUGUUUAAAGUUGAUGUUGGUGUAAGAGGGUUACAAGAUUACAAGUUCAAGUUGUCUACUUGA